GUCAUGACCCAUCUCUAGUUUCUAGUGAUGCCUACACACCACGCCGCUGCACUGGCAAUCAUCGCGGAGGUGUCGCUGUCAACGUCAUUUGUAGCCUAGGACGCCCAGGUGGGCCUAGAUUGCUGUCCGUCACAAUCCUGUCGUCCUAGAUCGCUGUCUGUCACAAUCCUUUAGAGAAGCGUCUUCCUCGAUUUUCAUCUCAUCUUGCCUUGUUUCGGUUGCGAGCUGCUUCUUCACAGCAGCUGAAUUGACGGUGUUCCCACAUGGCGCGCAAGAAGAUCCGCGAGUAUGACUCAAAGCGCCUCCUGAAGGAACAUAUGAAACGGCUUGCCGGCGUUGAGCUCCCAAUGAAUGCAGCCCAGGUCACUGCAGAGACGGACUGGUCCCAGCUGGCACGGGACAACCCCUGGCUGACCAAGAGCAGGCUGGUGGUCAAGCCCGACAUGCUGUUCGGCAAGCGUGGGAAGAGCGGCCUUGUUGGCCUCAACCUUGACCUGGAGGGCGUGGAGGAGUUUGUGGCGCAGCGGCUGGGCAAGAGCGUGGAGGUCAGCGGCACACGCGGCCCUGUCACCCACUUCAUUGUGGAGCCAUUUGUGCCCCACGACGACGAGUACUACCUGUCCAUCACCUCACAGCGCCUGGGGUCGGAUGUGCGCUUCUCGGAUGCAGGGGGGGUCGAGAUUGAAGAGAAUUGGGACAAGGUGAAGCACGUGUUUGUCCCGUCCGACAGCCCGCUGACCCCCGACCUGAUGGCCCCCCUGAUUGCCACGCUGCCGCUGGAGAUCCACGACGUGAUGCAGGCCUUCCUGGCGGCCGCGUUUGCGGUGUACACCGACCUCGACUUCUCCCUCCUCGAGAUGAACCCCUUCACGCUCGUGGCCGGCCAGCCCUUCCCCCUCGACCUGCGCGGCGAGCUUGAUGACACGGCGCAGUUCAAGGACUUCCAAAAGUGGGGCGACAUCGAGUUCCCCCUCCCCUUCGGCCGCACCAUGUCGCUGGCGGAGCACCACAUCCACUCUCUCGACGAAAAGACGGGCGCCUCUCUGAAGCUAACCAUCCUGAACCCCAAGGGCCGCAUCUGGACCAUGGUGGCGGGCGGGGGCGCCUCCGUCAUCUACACCGACACCGUGGGCGACCUGGGGUACGCACACGAGCUGGGCAACUACGCCGAGUACAGCGGGGCGCCCAGCGAGGACGAGACGCUCAAGUACGCGCGCACGCUCGUGGACUGUGCGACGGCGGACCCGGACCCGCGGGCGCGCGCUCUGAUCGUGGGGGGUGGCAUUGCCAACUUCACUGACGUGGCGGCGACGUUCAACGGGAUCAUCAAGGCGUUCCGGGAGAAGCAGGAGCAGAUCAAGGCGGCGCACAUGCGCAUCUUCGUGCGGCGAGGGGGGCCCAACUACAAGACGGGGCUGCAGAAGAUGAAGGAGCUCGGAACCGAGAUCGGAGUGCCGAUUGAGGUAUAUGGACCCGAAGCCAGCAUGACCGGCAUCUGUAAAAAAGCAAUCGACUUCAUCAAGGAGGCCGAUGCAAAGGUGUCCAAGUAAUGAAGUGUGUGUUGAACGACUGGGAUUACAGACUUUUACAAGUCAGCAGCAGUUACCAGUAACGGUAAGAGGAAACGUUAUUCAGAAACCGGCGAAGUCUCCCGCGCAGAUGUUACUGACAGCCUGGCACGGUUAAAUUUGAUUUUCAGCAUCCCUCAUGUUACGAACUCUCACAUGACCGAGAGUGUGGACAUCCUCUAACGCCAAAACCAACCGCAGUUCAUUCAAGGUGCGUCUGUACUGAAAUUUGUAUCGAAGUUUCUCAGGACACUUGAGCGAGAACGUAGACUUUCAAGGCGAGAUGUACAGGGCGUCUCCAAGAAGCCUAAGCUGCAGAUAUGUCUAAAGCAUGCUUUUCCCGACUGUCUAACUGUCUGCUUCUGCGGCCCUUCCGGCCCGUCAGACUCGAAUGAUCUGUGCAUGGCUUUGUAAUCAAUAUGAC